GUGAAAAGCGGGGCGGGGCAGGCCGGUGCUUCCUUCCCUUCCUUCUUUCUUGCCUCGCGUGCGCGGCGUUGCCGGCCUGUCCUGGAGCGGGGUCCCGGCGCGAGCGCCCGGAGGAGGAGCUGGCGGCGGGGAGCAGGACACAUGAGAUGGCCACGGAUGACAAACAGUCUCCAACACCGGACUCUGUCAAUGAUCUUCCUCGCUCUCCUAGCAGUCCCUCUCAUCUCACUCACUUCAAACCCUUGACUCCUGAUCAGGAUGAACCUCCAUUUAAAUCUGCCUACAGCUCAUUUGUAAAUCUCUUUCGUUUUAGCAAAGAUGAUGGUAGGCUCUCAUCUGCUGCAGAGAGAGCAGAAACUGGAUCGAGUGAUCCACAAGCACUGAGUGGGACAUGGGCCAGUCCUCAGCAUCCCUCCCGAACACAGUCUCUGAGGUCGCCUGUUCCUUAUAAAAAGCAACUCACUGGUGAACUACAAAGAAGGUCUUCCGCAACCUUAGACAAUCAAAGGAAAGUGGAACCUUCUCUUGGAGGUCAUGAUCCUCGAACAGCAGUUCAACUAAGGAGUCUCAGCACAGUCUUAAAACGCCUCAAAGAAAUCAUGGAGGGGAAAAGUCAGGAUAGUGACUUGAAGCAAUAUUGGAUGCCAGACAGCCAGUGCAAAGAAUGUUAUGACUGCAGUGAAAAAUUUACCACCUUCCGGCGCAGACACCACUGUCGGCUGUGCGGGCAGAUCUUCUGCAGCCGGUGUUGCAACCAGGAAAUUCCUGGGAAAUUUAUGGGUUACACAGGGGAUCUCCGAGCAUGCACAUACUGCCGCAAAAUAGCCCUAAGCUAUGCACACUCCACAGACAGUAACUCUAUUGGUGAAGACUUGAAUGCCCUGUCUGAUACUGCCUGCUCUGUGUCUGUGCUGGACCCAGGUGAGCCACGAACGCCAGUUGGAAGUAGAAAAACUAGCCGCAACAUCUUUCUGGAGGAGGACCUCACUUGGCAAAGUUUGAUUCACCCAGACUCUUCGGCUUCCACAUUGUCAGCGCGCCUUGCCUCUGUUCAGGAGGAUUCAGGGAAGUCUCCUGCUAGAAACAGAUCUGCCAGUGUUACUAACCUGUCAUUGGAUCGAUCUGGUUCACCCAUGGUGCCUGCAUACGAGACAUCUGUCAGUCCCCAGGCUAAUCGUACAUAUCUGAAAGUGGAAGCCAGUGAAGAUGAGCGUAAAAUUCUUUUGGACUCAGUACAGUUAAAAGACUUGUGGAAAAAAAUUUGCCAUCAUAACAGUGGAAUGGAGUUUCAGGACCACCGUUAUUGGUUGCGGACACAUCCAAACUGCAUUGUAGGAAAGGAACUGGUCAACUGGCUCAUCAGAAAUGGACACAUUACCACAAGAGCUCAAGCCAUAGCAAUAGGACAGGCAUUGGUAGAUGGACGCUGGCUGGAGUGUGUCAGUCACCAUGACCAGAUCUUUAGAGAUGAAUAUGCUCUGUACAGACCAUUACAGAGCACAGAGUUUUCAGAAACUCCCUCUCCAGACAGUGAUUCAGUGAAUUCUGUAGAAGGGCACUCUGAGCCAUCAUGGUUCAAAGACAUCAAAUUUGACGACAGUGACACAGAACAGAUUGCUGAUGAAGGGGAAGAUAACUUGGCCAACUCCGCCAGCCCUAGCAAGCGCACCUCAGUCAGCAGCUUCCAGUCCACAAUGGACAGUGACUCAGCCGCCUCCAUCAGCUUGAACGUGGAGUUGGACAACGUGAACUUCCAUAUCAAGAAGCACUCCAAGUACCCACAUGUGCCCCCUCACCCUGCUGACCAAAAAGAGUACUUGAAUCCUGACAACGGAGGGCAACAGAUGAUUUCAAUAAGUGACGCUUUCAUCAAAGAAUCAUUGUUCAAUCGGAGGGUGGAGGAGAAAUCCAAGGACCUGUUUUUCACUCCCUUAGGCUGGCAUCACAGCAAUCUGGAUCUGUUGAGGGAAGAGAAUGGGGAGAAACAAGCCAUGGAGAGGCUGCUUUCUGCUAAUCAUAACCACAUGAUGGCACUGCUUCAGCAACUGCUCUACAAUGAGUCGCUGUCCCUUUCCUGGAGGGACAUUAUUGUGCCAGUGGUCUGCCAGGUGGUUCAGACUGUCAGACCUGAUGUCAAGAACAGAGAUGAUGAUAUGGAUAUCCGCCAGUUUGUCCAUAUAAAAAAAAUCCCAGGUGGAAAGAAGUUUGAUUCUAUGGUGGUAAAUGGCUUUGUUUGCACCAAGAAUGUUGCACACAAGAAGAUGAACUCCUGUAUUAAAAAUCCCAAAAUUCUUCUACUGAAGUGUUCUAUCGAAUACCUUUACCGGGAGGAGACAAAGUUCACCUGUAUAGAUCCUAUUGUUCUCCAGGAAAGGGAGUUCUUGAAGAACUAUGUGCAGCGGAUAGUAGAUGUCAGACCUAAUUUGGUCCUAGUUGAAAAGACUGUAUCUCGAAUUGCCCAAGACAUGCUGCUGGAACAUGGCAUCACUCUGGUUAUCAAUGUCAAGCCACAAGUAUUAGACCGGGUGAGUCGGAUGACCCAAGGAGACCUGGUGAUGUCAAUGGAUCAAUUAUUGACCAAACCACACUUGGGAACCUGUCACAAAUUUUACAUGCAAGUGUUCCAGCUACCUAAUGAUCAGACAAAAACCUUAAUGUUUUUUGAGGGGUGUCCACCACACUUGGGCUGCACAAUCAAGCUACGGGGUGCUGCAGAGUAUGAACUGGCCCGAGUGAAGGAGAUUCUUAUCUUCAUGGUCUGCGUGGCUUAUCAUUCCCAGCUUGAAAUCUCUUUCCUCAUGGAUGAGUUUGCUAUGCCCCCCACCCUAACUAAAAACAGCUCCUUUCACUCUCUGAUUGAAGAGCAAGAGGACGACAUUGAGCAGCAGAACCUAUUCAAUGGUGAGGAGUUUAGCACAAUGAGCAGAGAUGGUGAACUUUCCUCUGACAAACUAUCUGUGAUCUCUGAAUCUGUCACUUCUGAUGAGGUUGGUUCUUUAGAGCAAAGAACAUUAUUUGAAGAUGAUGUCCUGCAAGAGUUGUCUUCUUUAAAACAGCAGGAGCACCUCAACACGGAGCCUCCAUUUUUAGCAUCAAGUUCUUUUGUAGCUCCAAUGCCAGAAUCGCUGCUGCCCUUCCAUAGUUUGGAUGAACAUCCAGGCACACUGGAUGGUCAGCCACUGGAGACUCUGCAGCAGCAAGAGGACCUGCAGGAUUCCAAAAGCCAUAUGAGAGUCUUUAGAGACCCUCUGCAGGAUGACACUGGAUUGUAUGUUGCAGAGGAGGUAACGUCCUCUGAGGACAGACUCAAGGCUUAUUCAGCAGCAUUUAAACAAGAGCUGAAAGAUCUUAUUCUCUGCAUUUCCCCUGUAAUUGCGUUCCGUGAACCAUUUCUUUUAACUGAGCAGGGCAUGAGGUGCCCUACCCGGGAAUACUUCCCAGAGCAGGUCUAUUGGUCACCACUGCUCAACAAAGAGCAUAAGGAACUGGAGAGCAGGCGGAAGAAACAGCUACUGAGGGAUCUGUCUGGCUUGCAGGGGAUGAAUGGAAGUGUCCAAGCCAAAGCGAUCCAAGUCUUGCCUUCCCAUGACUUGGUUAACACUAGAAUUGCAGAGCAUGUGGGUGAUAGCCAAAGUUUGGCCAGAAUGCUGGCAGAUUACCGGGCAAGAGGUGGAAGAAUACAGCAGAAAAACAUGGACCCUUUUGCUCAGUAUAAGGAUGUAGCUGGUGGAAAAGUUGGAGGUAGAAAUGAAGAUGACGAGAGGGGAUUGGGUCAGAGUGAAUCUGUAUGGUCUCACAAGGUGGACUGUCUGAGUCCAGUGAACCAUCAGAGGCUCUGUGUUCUUUUCAGUAGCUCUUCUGCUCAGUCCAGCAAUGCUCCAAGUGCCUGUGUUAGUCCGUGGAUUGUGACAAUGGAGUUCUAUGGAAAGAAUGACCUCACUCUAGGAGUCUUUUUAGAACGGUAUUGUUUCAGGCCUUCCUACCAGUGCCCCAGCAUGUUUUGCGAAACACCUAUGGUACACCACAUUCGUCGCUUCGUCCACGGGCAAGGCUGUGUUCAGAUUGUACUGAAAGAGCUGGACUCCCCAGUCCCUGGAUACCAGCACACAAUCCUUACCUACUCCUGGUGCAGACUGUGCAAGCAGGUGACACCAGUUGUCCCACUGUCUAAUGAUUCUUGGUCUAUGUCAUUUGCAAAAUACCUUGAGUUAAGAUUCUAUGGGCUCCAGUAUACCCGAAGGGCCAAUGCAGAGCCUUGUGGUCACUCCAUACACCAUGACUAUCACCAGUAUUUUUCCUAUAAUCAGAUGGUGGCGUCUUUCAGCUAUUCUCCUAUCCGGCUGCUGGAGGUGUGUGUCCCACUCCCCAAAAUCUACAUCAAACGACAAGCUCCAUUAAAGGUUACCAUUUUGCAGGACCUGAAGGAUUUCUCUCAAAAAAUUUCACAGGUAUAUCUUGCUGUUGAUGAUCGCCUCACCUCUUUGAAAACGGAUACUUUCAGCAAAACAAGGGAAGAGAAGAUGGAAGACCUUUUUGCACAAAAGGAGAUGGAGGAGGUAGAGUUCAGGAACUGGAUUGAAAAGAUCCAAGCAAGGCUGCUUUCAUCAUCAUUGGACACCCCUCAGCAGCUUCAGUCAGUUUUUGAGUCUCUGAUAGCCAAAAAGCAGGGGCUCUGUGAGAUGCUGCAAGCAUGGAAUAACAGAUUACAGGAUCUCUUCCAACAAGAGAAAGGGAGAAAACGUCCUUCAGUACCACCUAGCCCUGGAAGACUGAGGCAAGGGGAAGAAAAGGUCAGUGCGAUGGAUGCUUCUCCCCGCAAUACUUCUCCAGCACUACAGAAUGGAGAAAAAGAAGAUCGUUUCAUGACUACCCUGUCAAGUCAGAGCUCCACAGGCUCCACCCAUCUCCAGCUGCCUACUCCUCCUGAGGUUAUGUCAGAGCAACUGACAGGGGGGUCCUCUUUUGUCAGUACAGUUCCUGAACAAGAACCUACCAGCACCUCAGAAGAUGUGUUUGAUGGACACUUGUUGGGGUCUACAGACAGCCAGGUGAAGGAGAAAUCUACUAUGAAAGCCAUUUUAGCAAACUUGUUGCCUGGAAACAGCUACAAUCCCAUUCCAUUCCCUUUUGACCCAGAUAAACACUACCUAAUGUAUGAACAUGAACGUGUACCAAUUGCAGUCUGUGAAAAGGAGCCCAGCUCCAUUAUAGCUUUUGCUCUCAGUUGCAAGGAAUACAGAAAUGCCCUGGAUGAGUUAUCCAAAGCAUCUCUGAAGAACAGUACUGAAGAAGGACUUCAGUCAAACAGUAUGUCGGACAACAAGCCAAAGAACAGCAGUCCAGUCAGGUUACCAGAGAUGAAUGCAGGGCAGCCAAGCCGUACAGCAGAAGCAGAGCAGCCCAAAAAGGCUUCUGGAGUUCUGUCCUUUUUCCGUGGUACAGGAGGAAAGAGCCCUGACCUGUCUUCUCAGAAGAAAGAGACCUUGCGUGGUGCGGACAGUGCCUAUUACCAAGUUGGGCAAAUGGGCAAAGAGGGACCAGAGAACCAAGGAGCAGAGCCUCAAGAUGAAGUGGAUGGAGGAGAUACACAAAAGAAACAGCUAGUGAAUCCCCAUGUAGAACUUCAGUUUUCAGAUGCUAAUGCAAAGUUCUACUGCCGGAUUUAUUAUGCUGGAGAGUUCCACAAGAUGCGUGAAGUGAUUCUUGGGAGCAGUGAGGAGGACUUUAUCCGUUCCCUCUCUCACUCUGUGCCCUGGCAAGCUCGUGGAGGCAAGUCAGGAGCUGCGUUCUAUGUGACAGAAGAUGAUAGAUUCAUUUUGAAACAGAUGCCUCGUUUGGAGGUCCAGUCUUUCCUAGAUUUUGCCCCACAUUACUUCACUUACAUCACUAAUGCUGUUCAGCAGAAGAAGCCAACAGCACUGGCCAAAAUCCUUGGAGUUUACAGGAUUGGGUAUAAGAAUUCUCAAAACAACACUGAGAAGAAACUGGAUCUGCUUGUCAUGGAAAAUCUAUUCUAUGGCAGAAAAAUGGCUCAGGUGUUUGACCUGAAGGGCUCGCUCCGGAAUAGAAAUGUGAAAACUGACACUGGGAAGGAAAGCUGCGAUGUUGUCCUUUUGGAUGAAAACCUCCUGAAGAUGGUACGGGACAACCCGCUGUACAUCCGAUCCCAUUGCAAAGCUGUUCUGAGAGCUUCCAUCCACAGUGAUUCGCACUUUCUUUCCAGUCAUCUUAUUAUUGACUAUUCUUUGCUGGUGGGUCGUGAUGACACCAACAAUGAGCUGGUGGUUGGGAUCAUUGAUUACAUUCGUACCUUUACCUGGGACAAAAAGCUUGAAAUGGUGGUGAAGUCAACAGGCAUCUUAGGAGGACAAGGUAAAAUGCCAACUGUGGUCUCUCCAGAAUUGUACCGCACACGGUUUUGUGAAGCAAUGGACAAGUAUUUCCUGAUGGUGCCAGAUCAUUGGACAGCACUCGGUCUGAAUUGCUGAGCUGAAAUGCACAAGUUGGCUUUGGCUGGAAAGCAUUUUCUUAUGCAAGAGGACAAAGGUGCCGUGGACUCUACUUUCCUUUUCAGUCUACCCAGUGGUGGGCACUGGGGUCUCAAACCAACUGCACUGCCCACACACAUCCGAAGUGUAAAAUCUGUUUUAUCUGCACUUUAAUCUCUGACAUGGGAGGAAUAAUAGAUGAGGCCGGCAGGUAGAAUUCGGUCUUAUCAAGGUAGCUGAGCUGGAAUGUGCUAUUUGAGGGCAUUGAGAAUAAGAUUUUCUCAGCCAUAGGAAAGAUGGCAUCUAAUAUGGUACUGUACCCUGUCCCCAUAACAGAGCACUGAAACUAGAUGCUGUCUUGUUCAUGUUGGUGUCAUUUUGCAUAGAAGUAGGUGAGCUCUGCAAGUCUUGCACUCCUUGUAUAGUGGCUAAUAUGAACUUUUUACAUUUCUAUAGUGGGUAUGUAAGAUUCACAGUGUUUUGUGUGAUAUUUCAGGGGAUACAGCAGUCUUUGAAAUAAGUACUCUAUUCGUGUUAGAGCUAAGUCAACCCAUAGCAAAGUUCAUGACCACUGCAGUGGUCUGAAGCUGCCUUUAUAAGAGUUGAAGUGGGUUAUUUGUUCUGUUAUGUCCUUUACAGGCUUAGUUAACAGGUAUCUGUAAACAAUAUGUUUUAAUCGGCUAUACCUAACAUGUUCAGUUAGAUCAUUGCAUCUUUAUGCUUUUAUACAAUUAAGUGCAUUUUUCUGCAGUUAAAUUAAGACCUUGAGGAUAAGUUUAGGUCUUUGGCAAACUUCCAUUAAAAUGGAGCUGCUGUAUGUUUCAGAACACUGCAGCCCUCCUCCUUUCCCCCCUGCUGAAAACUUGCACAGUGACAGAAGCCAGAAACUUUUUAAAGCCCUAUGAGCAGAUUAACUUAACUGUAGAUCUAUUUCUUCAAGUUGCGACUCUCUAUGGGUACAAAAUUGGUUAGGUUUUUCUUAGAACAAGAGGCACUAGGCUGUCUGUCCAGCAUAAAAUCAUAUGCCUUAAACUGAUAGCUUCCUCUGCAAUUGAAAUGAAUCUUCUGGGGAUGUUAAUACCAAUCAGUUGACUUCAUUCUACAGAAUUUGAAUACAGCAUCCCCUUGCUGGUAGAGCCUUGCCAGCAAAAGAGAGUGCUCUUGCAUUCAAAACAUGAUGGAAACAGACAUUUGACUGCACCAGUAUCUAAUACAAACAGUCCUAGUAAGAACAAAACAAAACACGCUUUUCAACGGUAUUGGAUCAUCUUUUGCUCUAUAUAAGAAAAAUAGAUGUUUUUUGUGCAAGAUGUGUAGGUAUCUGACACUCCAACUCCUCUCCCUGCCCAUUUUUUAUUACUUUUUUAUUUUUGUAGAUGUGUUGAAUUUACUUAUUUUUACCUUGAGUAUAAUAAAGGCCAGUAAAAAAUGAGGAUUUUAUAUGUAGCUAAGGUGACUAGAACAUCACUGUCCUCGUAUCUCUGAUUUAUGGGACAGAAGCAGUAGCUAAAACUUGAGCAUGGCAUCUGGAACAAAAGUAUUCAGGACCAUUACCUACUAUAAGCUUUUGCCAGCAGAGUUGGCUUCCCUGUGGUAUCUGCUUAAGUUAUAUGUCUUGUUUUUGUAUGACCAAUGUUUUCCUCCACAGUUAAUAGUGAUUACUAAUGCUAAGUAUGAUGCUUAGAAGGUGGGGAAAGGAACUAACCCCCUGCCCCCCCAAAAAAACAAAAACUUCAGCAGAGGAGUGACUUGAUCCAGGAUGUUUUAAAAUAACAAAUGUAGCUUGAUGCCGAGCUUUCCACGAAGCAGCUACAGCAGAGUUUGUUCUAUGAAAUUCAUUACAAUCCAAUUUGAAGUCUUGUAGGAAGGAGCAGGGUCUCUAAACUAGAAUUUGCCAGCCUAAUGAUUUUUUUUUUUUUGCACAGCAUGAUCUUGUCUCUGGUUGUUUCCUUUAUAACAGAACCCCAAAAGUUGUCAGUCAAGCACUAGGAGUAACUGCACACUUUACACUUUGUCUUAUCUCUACUGGUUUAAGUAAUCCCUAGGAAAACCUGAAUCUACAUCGGAUUUACAAAGCGGGGGGGAGGGGGAGGUUCUUUUGCGCUUGAUUCUACAAUUUUUAAGUGUACUGUGCAAAAAAUCAAAUGACUUGCCAGUAUCCUGGAAUGAAUGCUUGUAGCUAAGAUUCCAGCCCAGCUUACAGCUCAAACAUUUUCACUCUGUGUAUUCUGUCUCUAACCUUCAACCUGGGAUCCUUAUUGAGCCUCAUUCCCAGCAGAAAGAUCCCAUAUGGCUGCUUCUUCCUAUGUGCCCAGACUUAUAGUGGAAGCUUACAAAGAUAACUGCCUUUCACUUUGCACAGGAAAGUGAAGAAUGAAAUGAAUGUACACACUUUAGUCCAUUAACAACUAAGUUGACCACAUCAAGUGACUUUCUCUGUUAUUUUUAAGUAAAUAACAGAUAAAACUUGAACCUGGGGAAAUGCUAAGCUUCUGUGCUUGGCUACAGUACCUAGACUCCCCAGGCUCUUUUAUUAAAUACUAAGAGUAGUUAUUCAGUAUACACUUGGGAGGGGAGAAGGACUCUUCUCCCGAGUUCCUGUUUUGGAACUAUAGAUAGCUGUUACAGUGUGACAGAACAUUAGGAGUCGGUCAUAUCCAGCAUAGGUUCCAUAGAUGGUCCUUUGGAACUGCAGAAAAAGAUGUGAAUAUAGAACUGUUCUUUCUUUUUAAGUCUGCUUGGUCUAGCUGACUGACAGUAAUACUUCUCAAUAUUGGAGCCCAGUUCUCAUGGGUACCUUAUUGGAGUCAGCAAAGUUAAUGCCACUUUUCAUUGGAUUAAGCUGCUACACUUCUUCCUCCCCCCCCCCCCAUUAGUAGGAAAUUAUUUCUUUUGUCCUGGUGUGAGUGUGAUUAGUGUUGGCCUUGGAGAAUAAAGCAGUUAAAUAUGAACUAUGAUAGCUAAGUGCUUGACAUUGCACUAUAUGUAUGUAUAAUUUUCAGUUGUGUGGUCUUUCAUUAGGAGUUCUCUCAAACUCUGCAUCAGGAAAUUGUGUUCAAAUCACGGCAAUUGAAUUGACAGCUCUCAUGUUCCCAUUAGAAUAAGAGCUGUCCUCACAUUUUGCCUGCUACACAGUUCAUUUCCUUCAAAGGAAAGCAACAAGUAAUAUUUCUUGUGUGUAUACAGAAGAUCAUGUGCUUACUAGCUGAAAACUGUAACAUGGCCGAAACUGGGCCGGCAGAAGGAUGUUCAACUGCAGCUGAACUAGGGCAGUAUCCCUGAAGUGUUAACCUAGAAAAUUAGAACUCCUACAGUAUUCAGACUACUCAGUGCAAUGGCUUAUUUUUGUUAACACGGGUUUAAUGUAUGUACGUAUGUAUGUAUGUAAAAUAAACAAUCUGAACUGCGUUCAUUAAGCAGCACUUCCUCAGUGCUGUUUUAGCUGUUUUUGUACAAAGUGAAGGAGUUCUGACAAAUGUUUUAAUGUUGUCUAAGUCGGCGUCGACUCAUUCUGUUGUGGUAUAUUGAUACCAUAGCACAACUUUUUGCUUGGGGCUGGAUUCUGUCACCCCUUCAUGCAGAGAAUCUUACUGUGCAAGUGACUCCACUGGUCGUGAAUGGAACUACUUGCAUAUUAAGGUUCUCUUGAAUGAGAAUGGGGAAAAACAGAAUUAAUCUCUUAGCUUCAGGAGACCAGACUACAUUCAAAGUGCUUAAUGUAUCAUAAUGUACAUAUUUCUAAUAUUCUUUUGGUUCAGUUGUAUUUUAUAUGAUUGACAUGCUAAACUAUUUAAGAGUAACUGCUCUGAGUACUUGGAACACUGAAUUGUAUUGUAUAUAGAUAGCAAUCCCAAUAAAGUAAUUAAACUGUA